UCCCUCUCCCCCCCCCCCCUCUCUCUCUCUCGCCCCCACCAUUUUUGUCGCUCCUCUUCUUCCGUCCCCCAUAGAAGGAAAGAGAAAUAUAGGAAGUAAAAUCCAACCAUCACCGACCUUAGCAGAUUAAAUCAAAUAAUAGCCUCUAAGACCCUCCCACCAUCACCGCUCCCUCCUCCUCACUUCUCUCCUUCCCUUCUCCUCCUCGAUCACAACAACCUAUCAAAUCCCUAAACUGAUUAAACCCCCAAAAUCCCACCCCAAGUCCCCUUUUAGUCCUCAACCAACCAAAUAGAAAAAGGGAAAAGAAACAGCAAACAAGAUUUUGUGGAAGAAUCGAAAAUGGCCAGCGCCUCGUCCUCGUCGUCGGCGUCGCCCUUCGCGCUUCUGUCGGAGGACAUCGUGCUGAAUAUCCUGGCGAUGCUGGAGGCGGACCCUCGCGACUGGGCCCGCCUCGCCUGCACCUCCGCCCGCUUCGCCGGCCUCGUCCGCGGCGUCUGCUGCCGCUCCCGCUGCGCCCGCGCCCUCCCCUCCGCUGCCGCCGACCUUCUCCCCUCUGACGCUUCCCCCGCCGCCCUCCACAAGCUCUCUGUCUGCUGCCCUGGCCUCCUCCGCGCCGGCGUCCUCCUCGAGCACUCCGACUUCGGCCUCGAGCGCGACAUCGGCCCCGACCUCUCCCUGCCCCCUCGUCAUCCCAAUUCUCCCUCUACCGCCUCCACCGCCGCGGCAGCCGCCUCCGAUCCCUCUCCACCGCCGGUCACCGGCGAUGACCCCGUUUCACUCCCCUGCUGGUCCCUCUUCGACGACCUCUACUUCGACACAGUCUACGACCCCUCCGAAUCCUCCCAAAAUCCCACCUUUCCGCCCCCCGACCCCGAUUCCGCUGCUAAAAAUCCGAUCUUGAUCCCCCGGGAGCCCUCCCAGCAGCGAAGGAAGCAGCGCGUCGGCCCCGUCAACGCCCACCUCGCCUCCGGGUCCUGGACCCUAAGCCGGGAACAGGGGAACAAGCUCCUGGCCAGCCGGUUCAGAGGCGACUGCCUCUAUAUCUGCGAGUGGCCCGGCUGUGUCCACGUCGAGGAGAAGCGGAGGUACAUGCUGUUCAGAGGGGUGUUCAAGAAUUUCAAGCGGUCGAGGGUGUGGAGGACGAUCAGCGACUCGAAUCGGGGGACGAUUGAGCUGAACUGUGCCUUCUGUUCUUGCAAUGAGGCCUGGGAUCUCCACUCGGCAUUUUGCUUGAGGAGGGUGUUUGGGUUUCAUGAUGAUGGGGAGCCGGUGGUCCGGGCUUAUGUCUGCGAGAAUGGGCAUGUCUCGGGGGCGUGGACCGAGAGGCCGAUGUAUGUUUGAUAAUGAAGCUUGCUCCUUUACUUAGUCUUGAGUGCGUAUUUUGGUCUAAGUUUGAGUAAUUAUAUAAUGCUUAUAUGGGAUUAUGUACUGCUGCUAGUGAUGAUGGUGUUAGGCUUGUUAAUUGCUAUUGGCGUCUUGGAUGAAAAGCGAUCAACUUUUUAGAGAAUAUGCUAUAAGUUCUCGUGUUUAUUUUAUCUGCGAUAUAUGCUGAUGGAGAUUUUUCUAUUAUUUUCCUUGGUAAUAUGUGAUUUUUUUUAUUGUCAUUUGGACUUCAAUGUACUUGCUAAUUGUUAUAUUAAUCUUCAUAUCACCACUGGGUUGUGUUGAAAA